AGAAAAGGAAACAUGUAGAGAAAAGGAAACUCUCCGUUAGGCAUAUACGUACACAUAUAGAGACAGUUGACCGACUUAACAUUUUUGAGCCACGUGGUUACAUAUAAAAGGAGUCCAAAACCGUCGAGGAGCAGGCACAGUUCUUCACUCCCUGUCUCUCCCUCUAGAAUUCGAAAUUCUUCCUCUCUCUUCGAAGAACAAAUCUCGAAAUCUUUUAUCGGUUUUUUUACAUGGCCCUUGAAGUGAUGAAUUUUCCGACACCGCCGCCGCCGCUCGAGAAGUUCCGGCGAGAAGAAGAAGAUGUAAUAAACGACGCCGUUUUCAUGGAGCCUUGGCUCAAACGCAAACGCUCGAAACGCCAGCGUUCACCGGAUGCUUCUCCGUCCUCAUCGCCGCCUGGCCCCACCGAGGAUGAGUACCUCGCUCUCUGCCUUAUCAUGCUCGCCCGCGGCCGACCCACCGCGACCGCUCAAACACCAACGCAAACUGAAACGCAAACGCAAACGCAAACGCAAACGCAACAACAGAAGCUUUCGUACAGGUGUGGCGUGUGCGAAAAGGCGUUUCCUUCUUACCAAGCUUUAGGCGGUCACAAGGCGAGCCACCGCGUCAAGAACGCCGCCGAUAAUGCCUCCGUCUCCGGAUCAAGAACUCCGGCGACCGUCUCCGGGAAGAUCCACGAGUGCUCGAUAUGCCAAAAGGUAUUUCCGACGGGGCAAGCCCUGGGGGCCACAGCGGAGGCGGAGGGAGCACGGAGUCGGAGGAGCGGAGCCGUCGUGGGUACAUCGAUCUGAACUUGCCGGCGUUCCCGGAGUACGGCGGAGGAGUGGAGGUGGAGAGUCCCUUGCCGGUGAAGAAACCGCGUUUCUUGACCGACCACGAUGACGUCAUCAAGGGAGGAUUAGUUUCCACGAUUCUGAAAAUGUAAAAAAUGUUUCUUUACGAACCCUUUGAUUCAAUCACAUAGCUUACUUUCUCAUAUUGAAUUCCAUAGUUCAUUUUUUUUUGUAUAUUUAUAUGCCUUGAUUUCUUUUCUAUUUAGAACUAGUCGUAUUGUAAGGUUUUAUUCGUUUUUUCUUGUUGUGGUUGAUUCAAAUUUAAUGAUU